AUGGAAUCGUGUUCAUGUAAUGAAAACCUUGAUAACGCCGACAUAGAACCCUUGAAUUCAGAGUAUCCAAGCGGCAAAAAUAGUGCUUUAAAUAAUGAGGAGACAAAAUAUGACUCUGACCAAGAACCGGUAGUGUCAGAAUUAGAGCCUGACAUCCUUACUGCCUUCGGUGAGACCACGGAAGAGACACCGAAGUUGGGCCCGAAACUCCAUGAAAAGUUAGCUUAG